UAAAAAAUAAAGGGGAACGGUUUCCUUCAUUUCCCCAUCUUUUCCUCGAAGGAGGAGGAUCCAUUUAUAUGCAGGCCUUUAUCUACUCCGGUUCACUCAAUUCUUCCUCAUAUCAUAUACAUCUUUUGCGAGAUUUGCUUGGCUUUUGUGUUUCAGCUCCAUUCUUGCAUUUAUGGCUUCUUCGUCCUCAUCUCAGCAGCAAAAUGCUUUGUUUGUUAUCGAAGCACCCAACAAACCUAGAGAAGUAGAGGAAUCUUCGAGAGUGUUUGAUGUGUUCAUAAAUCACAGAGGUCCCGAUGUCAAAAAUACUCUGGCUGCUCAUCUUUACAAUUCCCUUAAGGCGCUAGGUAUAAAGACAUUUCUUGAUUCUGAAGAGAAGGAGCUUGGAGACUCAUUUCCUUCACUCAUCGAGACUGCGAUUAGUUCUGCUUCUGUACAUAUCGCUAUCUUCUCAAAAAGAUAUGCAGAGUCAGCUUGGUGUCUGGCUGAGCUAGUUCUUAUGUCACAGAGUAAGGGCAAGAUUAUUCCCGUGUUUUACCAAGUGGAGCCGUGGGAACUCCGCUACUUCGAAAAGGAAGGAGAAAAGAGAGGAGUAUAUGCCGAGGCAUUUGUUAAGCAUGAAGGGAAGAAUAGGUAUCCGGACAAGCAGCUUGACGAGUGGAAGAAAACCCUUCAACAAAUUUCAUAUACCGCAGGCCACGAAUUCAAAACUCAAGACUAUGGUCAUUGCAAAGACAUAGUGUCUGCUGUAGAAAAAGAAGUACAAAGGACGAAACGUUUACUUGUUGCCAAAUAUCCAGUCGGACUUAAUAAACUCGUAAAAGAUUUUGAAAGGCGGUGCCUUGAUGAGCUUGUUCAAGAUUUUGAAAGCCAGUGUGGAACCAAGAAAGCCAAUGUCGUUGGCAUUUUUGGUAUGGGCGGGGUUGGGAAGACAACUCUCUCAAAAGAGUUGUUCAACCAAAAGAAAUCAAAAUACACAAGGGCAAGUUUUCUGUUUGAUGUUCGAGAAGCCUGGGCCAGCGGUAAAUUUCCUUUAUUGCAAAGUAGACUUCUCAAAGAUAUCUUUUGUGAAGAUCGCAAUUUUCUAAGUCCUGAGGAAGGGACAAGCUAUCUGAGGGAUUGCUUGGAAAGGAACAGCGCUUUCAGUUUCCUCAUUGUUUUAGAUGACAUUGAUCGUGUGGAUCAGUUAGAUUCUCUCUUAGUAAUGGAUAUAUUAAAUAGGCCUGGUAAUAAUCUGGUACUCGUUACAACCCGAGAGGUAGGGGUCCUUACAAGUGCAAGAAUUGACACAGCUUAUCAUUUGAAAGGACUAGAUAGAGAAGACGGGAGAGAGCUGUUUUGCUGGCACGCUUUCGGCCAAUCUCAUCCAUGUAGAGGUUACGAGGAUCUUGUUCAGGGCUUUGUUAAUAUUUGUGGAGGCUUACCUCUCUCUCUUCAAGUUCUAGGCCGGCAUGUAUCUGGUAGAAAGGAGUGGUAUUGGCAGGAAGAAUUGCAAAAAGCACGUAAGGCUCUGCCCGGAGAUAUAAAGCAGAGACUGAGGAUAAGCUUUGAUGGAUUAGAUGACGAAGAAAAACAGAUUUUCUUAGACAUAGCGUGCUUUUUUAUUGAUAAAUCUAUUGCCACGGCCAUGACCAUAUGGAAGGGAUCUGGAUGGAGGGGUCGUCAUGGUUUGGAAAAGCUAAAAGAGAAAUGUCUGAUUGAGGAAAAUGUAAGUUAUCUGCCUUUCCUGGAAUGGGAAGUAAAAUGGAAAUCGAGGCAGGACGAGUUUGCUUUCAGAAUGCAUGACCACCUGCGGGACUUGGGAAGAGAAUUGGCAAAUGAACUCAGCCAUCCUCGUCGUUUGUGGCAACCCAAAGAUCUUAAAUCAUUGGAAUCAAAGGAAUUCCAAAACAUCGUAGCCCGAACCACAAGCAGGUGUUUUCAUUCCAUUCUGGACAAAUCCAUGGAUUGUCAAAUUACAUUCUUUAUAGGGGAACCGGAAGAUAGUUCCGAAACUUCUCUGCUUUGGCUUCAGCUUGAUUACCUGAACCGGACUCAACUUGAAACGAAUUCAGACAUAAACCCAAGUAUUCCUCAAUGGAUUGAUCUUCAAAACUUGAAGUGUUUAAGAAUCAGCGGUGGGCGUUUCCAAAGAUUGUGGCAGAGCGAUGAGCAGGCACCUACCCAUUUAAAAGAGCUGCAGGUUCGUGAAACCUUUGUGAAAGAGUUCCCAGAUUUGUUACGAAAAUUAAAUAAUGUGCAAGAGGUGGAGAUUAUAUGGAAGAGGUAGUUGAAGAAAUGCAAAUGGAUGUCUACAAAUGAAUCUCCGUGGUAUAACAUGGGACUUGGCAAAGGACUCAAUGGUGGAGUCGUUUUUGGUCACUGCUGCUGAUUGUUUUAAUUUGAGGGAGCUAUUGAGAUGCUACUACGGAUUCUUGGGCUUCUGCUGUUCUGUACCUUAAAAGAAUGUUUUAGGUAGCUGAUAGUUAUUAAUUUGUCCAAUUACAAUGCUGGCUGUUUGGUUUAUUUUGCUGCUGUGUAGCUCAUUCUGUAAUCUCUGUUGUUUGUAAAUUCUUCUUUGUUUCAAUAUAAUAUUAAAAAAAAAACACGGGACUUGGCUUCCACUGAUAAGUCCAUGUUUAUCUAAGCUUUGUUCCUGCAGCAAUACUGAAUUGCAUUCAUAAAUUGGAAUGUGAUGCAUUCAUACUGCUUUUCAGCAGGCUAUCAUAAAUAUUGCUUCUUAACGCAGUGUUCUUUCAUUUCUGUAUUGACCGUGGAGGAAUUAGAGCAUUGUCUUCUGGUCAAGAGUUUGCCGUCAAAGGGAUAGACUCUCUGUUUUCUGACAUUGAUAUUGGCGUCGACCGAGUCAUUGAAACCGUUACUCUUGAAAAUUAUAUCAAAGGUUAAUUCAUUGUUUAAUGCC